ACCAGCAAAAAAACAGAGACACAAAAAACUACAAAGGAAAGGUUAGAGUGGAGACUUCCUGUUUCCUGUCACGUGACACAGCUCGACUCCCCAUAGGUGGAUUGUUUGCUCGGUAUUUCUUCGCGUUGUGGGGAGAAGAUGGCGGCGCGUGGCGGUUUUCAGCAGGCAGCAUCUGGAGGCGGCGUAGGCGGUGGUGGCGGCGGGAUAGGACCUGGACCUCCGGUACCGGGUGGAGGAGGACCGGGCAUGGCUCCUGGUACGCCUGCAGGAAGGAUGGGACCCGCGGGACCACAGAAUCCGAUGUACCGUUCUCCGAUGCCUGGGCCUGGAUACCCGAGACCCGGGAUGCCUCCGGCAAACAGGAUGACGCCCCAAGGGCCACCCAUGGGUCCUCCAGGCUACGGCGCUAGUCCAGUACCUCGGCCCGGAAUGCCAGUCAUGGACCCGUCUCGCAAAAGGCCUGCACCACCUCAGAUCCCCCAGCAGGUCCAACAGCAACAGAACCGCAACCAACAUGCCAAGAAGAAGAAGAUGGCUGAUAAAAUUCUACCUCAAAGAAUCAGAGAGCUAGUUCCAGAGUCUCAGGCUUACAUGGAUUUGCUGGCCUUUGAAAGGAAGCUGGAUCAAACCAUCAUGCGCAAGAGACUUGAUAUCCAGGAGGCUCUGAAGAGACCUAUCAAGCAAAAACGAAAGCUGCGAAUUUUUAUCUCCAACACUUUCAACCCUGCCAAGCCUGACGCUGAGGACGGCGAGGGAACAGUAGCAUCAUGGGAGCUGCGAGUGGAGGGCCGACUGCUUGAGGAUACUGCUGUAUCUAAAUACGAGGCCACCAAGCAGAAGCGGAAAUUUUCCUCGUUCUUCAAGUCUUUGGUGAUUGAAUUGGACAAAGACCUGUAUGGGCCUGACAAUCAUUUGGUAGAGUGGCACAGAACACCCACUACUCAGGAGACUGACGGCUUUCAGGUUAAAAGGCCUGGAGACGUGGGAGUGCGCUGUACUGUCCUGCUCAUGCUCGACUACCAGCCUCCUCAGUUUAAACUGGACCCCAGACUGGCUCGCAUGCUGGGCAUCCAUACCCAGACCAGACCAGUCAUCAUCCAGGCUCUGUGGCAGUACGUGAAGACACACAAACUGCAGGACCCACAUGAGCGCGAGUUCAUCAACUGUGACAAAUACCUCCAGCAGAUCUUUGAGACUCAGCGGAUGAAGUUUUCUGAGAUCCCUCAGCGGCUGCAUGCUUUGCUGAUGCCUCCUGAACCGAUCAUCAUCAACCAUGUUAUAAGUGUGGACCCGAACGACCAAAAGAAAACGGCCUGCUAUGAUAUUGACGUCGAAGUGGAUGAUACACUUAAAACCCAGAUGAACUCUUUUCUGCUGUCCACUGCCAGUCAGCAGGAGAUCGCAGGCUUGGAUAACAAGAUCCAUGAAACCAUCGAGACCAUCAAUCAGCUGAAGACUCAGAGGGAGUUCAUGCUGAGCUUUGCCCGUGAUCCUCAGGGCUUUAUCAAUGACUGGCUGCAGUCCCAGUGCAGGGACCUCAAGGCCAUGACCGAUGUGGUAGGAAACCCAGAAGAAGAGAGAAGAGCAGAGUUCUAUUUCCAGCCCUGGGCUCAAGAAGCAGUUUGUCGCUACUUCUACUCCAAGGUCCAGCAGAGGAGACAAGAGCUGGAGCAAGCACUGGGCAUCCGGAACACAUAAGCAGAAACGGACACAGAAGCAGAAGAGGCUGGCUGUUAUGUUUUUGUUUUGGUCUCUUAUCAAUGACACUAAACUACAGUUUAUUUAACCACAUUCCUGCUGUGGCUGGUAGGAGGCAAAAAAAAGAUCUCUUUGGUUGCCUCAAAACCAAAAUGUCUCGUUUUCUCCUCAGUUCUGUGUCCUCUUGGUAUACGAGGGGGGGGGAAUAGAUGCUUCUGCUGUUUUUACCAUGUUCCAACUAGAGUCUAAUGUUGUUACUGCAGUGGCUGUGAUGUGAGAACCCUUUUAGCCGAACUCUUUCUAGGCUACUAAUAGAAGAAAAUAAGCUUCACUGGUAUUUAGUUACUCUGAUGUAGGAUGCAUGUAAAACUCUAGUGCCCGAGCGUGUUUAGGUAGCGAAGGAGACUCGAGGACGUGGGUAAGACGAUACUUUUAACGUAUUUAAUGGUCACUAGCGUAAGUGCAGUCUCUCGUGUGCAAUGACGACACGCUGCAGCAAGAAGAAAUCCUUGUUGUCCAAGAUAAAUGGCUCAUGACUUUACAGCGUUCGGCUAAGAUUUUGUACAUUUUUAAUAUCUAAACCACACUGGCAAGAUCACUGAAAAAAGGUUUUCGAGGCAAAUAUAUUUUCGCCUUGUUCCUGCAACACAACAAAUUUGACGCUUUUUCAGACAUAUCUUGGCUGUUUGACCAUGUAUUUAAAUUUUUUUCCUCCCAAGUUUUUACAUAGUAAUUGAAUGGAUUUUUUUCAGUAUUGUAUGAAAUGUUGUAUCACCAUAACUGUUAUAGCAGUGACUCUUAAAGUGCUAAACAGCUCCGAGGGGCUACAAAGUUGCUCCUGGAACCAUACGUGAGGUUUAAUAAGUUUGGCUUUGCGACAUCCAUGCCGUGUGUUAGGAUUUCCACACCAAGCCGACAUUGCGCGAUAUUAAAACCUCUCCUGACUGACAAUACUCCAUUACUGUAGCGUAUCAAUUUAAUAUUUUCGUUAUAUACGUAUAUAAAUAUAUAUAUAUUAAAAGAAAGAUUUGAUUGAUAAACGGGUGCUGUAUAGAUCGUAGUGGAUUCCAAACCGUGGUUGACGUAAAGAUAAAUCGAUGAUGUGAUGUGGGGCCACUUAGGUUUGUUUUGUUUUUUUUUGUCUUUUUGUUCUGCAAUUGGUAGAUAUUUGUCUUUUUGAUAUUUUUUAUCAUGAUAAUGAUUAUAUGAAUAUUAGUUAGGUUUAGAUUCUUAUUACCGAAGUAGCGUAGUACCUCGGCUCUACAAAGCAGCGAAGUGGUGAGCGGAUGCUUACAAAGUCAGCUGGCUUUAAAAAUCGAUAACUGUACAUGCUCAGGUAUUUUUUCCACCAUAAACAUCUUUAAGCAGAUCUUACCAUUUCACUGGCCUUCGAUGAAAUACUUCAGUUCUGUACACUGUCAUGAAGGACACACUAUUAGCCGUGAUUGUAGUGGGCUUAAGUUAAGAAUUGCCAAAUUUCCUGAAAGUUGAAGAAACGGUCAUGUGCUUAAGAUUUUUUCGAUUCUCAAUAUUUAACCUUGUGUACAUCAUUUCUUUAUUUCAAUUUGUUUCUUUUUAUUGGACCAAACUGGUUUGAAUGUGUCAGCCUUAUAAUAAAGAUGAGCUUAUAUUAA